AUGCCAGAGAGCGGCAACAGACUCGUCGUGAGCGUGAUCACGGACAAGGAAGAUGUCUCGAGCUCCAGUGCUCCCAACACAAAAGCACGCAGAGAAAAGGCACCCGCCGUUGCGAUCAAGACACCAGAACUCGAAAGUCCCCCGGUGGAACUCCCGCAAGCGCCUGAGACACAAGAGUCAGUCUCCUCCACUGAAGUACACAUCGAGGAAAUCGUGAAGCAAGUCAACGAGUGCAGGAUCAAGAACGCGCACAAAUUAGGAAUACCCACAGAGAGCGUGAAAACGGAACAAAUACCUUCCAAUAGCGGGGCGUGGAUGGUACGCUUCAUUAAUGAAACUGGAAGCGUACCGACGCUUGAAGAUGACUUAGAGAAGCUGAGAGAACUUGUGGAUUGGGUGUGGUCCCCGAAAAACGGCUAUCGCGCAGAGAUUGUCCUGCUCAGACACCAUAAGCGCGACAAUUUUAUCGCCAUUGUUCGAGAUGAUCGUGACAACUCGAACCUUCUCAGAGUCGAAAGGAGCUAUCGUGAGACUCCGGAGAAAGCGCUUGCACGUCUUCCUAGUGAGAUUGGGUCCAAAUAUCCUGGCACAGUCCGGACGGCUGAGAUCAUACCGAAGGGAGAAAAGGAGUCAGAGAAAGAGGCCGUGGACAAGGCAAGCAACAGCUACGCAUGCAUCAUGUCUUCAUGGACAUCUACGUUGUGA